AUGACUAACAGCUCAGUUAUGCUUCUAAGCUUGUUGAUUCUUCACAGCAUGUCUACAAAUGGAGAAACAACAUGUAAAUGGCAAUUGGUGGAAGAAUGGCAUACGCAGCCCUCAUCAUAUGUGGUUAAUUGGACACUAACAGAAAACAUCUGCAUGGAUGUCUAUGGAGAUUCCUGGUUUGAGGACAUAUGUACUAAAAUGAGUAAUUCAGGCAAUCAGUCUCUUCCCCAGAUUUGCCCUUUGCAAAUUCAAUUAGGAGACAUUCUUCUAAUUUCAUCUGAACCGUCUCUACAAUCUCUGGAAAUAAAUUUGAUGAAUGUUUCUGAAGCAUCAUUCACUGACUAUCUGCAGAAUACCACAACUGAAGAACGGUUACUUUUUGGUUGCACUAAAGGAAUGCACACGGUGAACUCUAAGUGGCUGGGUGUUGGGACACAUUAUUUUAUCACAGUAAUGGCAAGUGGUCCAUUGCUUUGUCAAUUGGGACUUCGACUAAAUGUGACAGUGAAAGAGCAGUUCUGCCAGGAAUAUCUGAGUUCAGAAUAUUGCUCUAGGUAUGGUCAAUGUCGUACUGAAAUUUGGAGCAAGACAUAUAACAGCUAUUGUGAGCCUCCAUUUUCUGGAAAAUACUGCCAGGAACUUGAUGCAUGUUCUUAUAAACCAUGUAAAAAUAAUGCCAAUUGCAUUAAUAAAUGUGAAAAAAGGACUAAGCAAGGAUAUGAAUGUAUCUGUCACCCACCAUUUACAGGCAUGAAUUGUUCAGAAAUAAUUGACCCAUAUCAACCACAUAUCUGUUUCCAUGGGAAUUGCAGCAAUAUUACUGCAAAUAGCUUCAUUUGUGAAUGUGAUGAACCAUAUUCACGUCCAUUCUGUGAAGAACUACUGGAAUGCUGUUUUUCUCCAUCAGGUUGGAAAAGAGGAAUUUACCAAAAUAAAAGCUCUGCUUAUAUGUGUGUGUGCCCAGGGGGAUUUCUCAAUCAAAACUGUGAAACUGAUGUCAAUAAGUGUUUAUAGAAACCAUGUCAAAAUGGUGCUGACUGCACUGACAUUGCAAAUGAUACCAUAUGCAUCUGUUCACCAAUAUUUACAGACAAGCUUUGUAAGAGACUUCAAAUACCAUGUGACUAAUUGUUUUGCAAGAAUAAGACAUAUAUGAACUAUGAGGAAGAUUAUCAUUGCCGUUGUAUGCCAAGAUUUACUGGAAAGAACUGUGAGAAAGUAAUUGACCACUGUAGACUGCUCAGCAUCAACUGUCUGAAUGAAGGAUGGUGUUUCAAUAUAAUUGGAAGAUUCAGAUAUGUAUGCAAAAGAAAUUCAUGUUGGUUUCUGAAGAAUGUUCGUUUAAUUCAUCUGUACCUCUGCUACUGUGGAUCCAUCAGCCAUGAUAUUUGCCAAACUAAAUUUCCUCAUUCCCAUCAAUUUAAAUAUAUGUGGCAAUUGGGAUUUACAUGUGCAAAUGGAUGCAGUUGUUUGACUGAAGAAUAUACUAAGGAAUAUUUUUGUCUAUAUAUUCCGAAGGCAUAGAAAAAAAAUCAGGAAAACACAACUAACUUUCAAGAAAGUGGGUGUCAACUUGAAGCUAUUUAUGAUGAUUAAUUUAAUAUAUCCAGAUGCAGCUGCUCUCUCAGUUACAUUGACAGAUUCUGCAUUCUCAAUGCUGGAGAUUGCUCUGGAAACCAGAGUACAUCAUCACACAGCCUCUGCCGGGUCCAUUUGCACAGCUGUAACUGUAGCUGUCUGUUAAUAUAUAAAAGGAAGAUAUGUGAAAUAGAAACUGAAGAUUGUAAAUCUAAGCCCUGCAAAAAUGGAACAACUGAUAUCAUUUUAAGUGUCUCCUUCUACUGCACAUGUGUCCCUGGAUUUAAAGGCAAUGAUACAAAAUGUGACAUAGAUGCAGAUGAGUGUGCUUCACAUCCCUGCAUGAAUGGAGCUACUUUCAUUGGCCAAUCUGGUAAUUACUUCGCCAACUGUCUAUGUCCUUUUCCAGUAGUUGCUGGCUUCUCCUGCUUAUGCCGCCUGAGCUCCACGGGCCUGGGAAGGGAACAGGACACUGACAACUGCAUCCUGAAUGCCUGUGAGCUCAAUGCUACCUGCAAAGAUCUGCAUCCUAGCUACCAGUGCAUGUGCCCAUCUGGUUGGGAAGGAAAUUUUUGUGAAAAAGAAUCCAAUGACUGCAAAAUGAAUCCUUGUGAGAACAAUUCCACCUGUACUGACCUUUGUAAUAGCUAUCGCUGUGAAUGUACAUCUGGAUGGACUGGACAAAAGUGUAGUGAAGAAAUAAAUGAAUGUGACUCUGACCUAUGCAUGAACGGAGCUCUUUGUCACAAAUCUACCAUCCCUGGGCAAUUUGUAUGCCUGUGUUCCCCCUUUUAUACAGGAAAAUUUUGCCAUCAACACUAUAACCCUUGUGAUCCACUCACUGACCCUUGCAGACACAACUCAACAUGCCUGACUUUGGUAGAUGGAAACCAUUAUUGUAUUUGUAGAGAAGGAAUUGAAGGGGAACACUGUGAAAUUAAAAUGAAUGAGGGCUUCUCCCUUUCCUGUCAGAAUUAUGGUGACUGUGAAGAUGGGGUUAACAAUUUCAGGUAUGUUUGCAGACCCUGGUUUCCUGGACUUCUGUGUGAAAUUGAAACUGAGUGUUCCACUUAACCUUGCAAAAAUGAUGGACAGAUUGCUUUCCAAAAACAGAAUCGUCACCUGCCUGAAAGUGACGGUGGGGCAAAUAGGUACUCUUCUCAUGAUGAAAACCUGGCCAGGAAAAAAGAGCGGUACCAUGAAUUUCUCUGUGAAUUGGAUAUGGAUGAAUGUGAAGUAGUCUCACCUUGCCUAGAUGGAGAAAAGUGUAUCAACAGAACCGGACCAUACAACUGCCUCUGUGCUCCUGGUUACACAGGCAUCAGCUGUGAAGUAAAUACAGAUGAAUGUGUAUCAAAGCCCUGUCUCCACAAUGGAUCUUGUAUUGAUCUUGUCAAUCAUUAUAUCUGUGACUGCAAGAGCAGCUUUUAAACACACUGUGAAACAAAUGCAAACAAUUGCCAAUCUAAUCCUUGUCUACAUGGAAGAUGCUCAGAUCUCAUUACUGUGUAUCAAUGUUAUGAUACAGAAUGCACUUGCUCAAGGUGUGAUAUCAAGAGUAAUGGCUGCACAUCAAUCCCUUGUAUGAAUGAAGGUUCCUGUCAGAAGUCAGACCACAGCUUUACUUGCAUUUGUCCAAUAGGAUAGACUGGUGUGCACUGUGAGAUAAACACUGGCAGUUGUGCUGAGCCUGAACUGAGUUUGUAUCUCUGUCUUAAUGGAGGGAUUUGGGUUGAUGACUCUGGACACAUUUUUUGCUGCAGAGGUCUUCCUGGAUUUUCUGGUCAAAUUUGUGAAAUUAAUAUAAAUGAAUGUUUUUCAUCACCAUAUCUAAAUGGUGCAAACUGUGAAGAUCACAACAAUGGAUAUAUUUGCAAAUGUCAACAAGGACAGUCAGAACAUCAUUGUGAAAAGGGACUUUGUAUUCACAGCCCAUGUGUUCAGGAUAUACGCAUAGAAAGUAAACCUGGCUUUGACUUGACAUGUUUAUGCAUAUCUGGAUUUGUGGCCUGCUUCACUGGGUUUCUUUGUGGUGGUGAAAUAAGGAGAAUUAGCUGUUUUACCUCCUUCUCUCAAAGAACUGAUGCCAUUUUUACACAAACAUAUAUGGUGUCCUCUUCUGAGACUUUAGUCAGUAGCUUUCCAUCUCCAAGAGCUACAAGACUUUGGACCAUAAUGAAUACUUACGCAGUUGAUCAAGGUUCUAAAGAGAGAGACAUUUUCAAGCAUGAUAUCCUUUCAACUGCUGAUUUGUCAGUAUUAAGUAUCAAUAUACCUUUGGAAGAACUGAUUUCUACGAGACAGCUUUCAGCAAAAUAUAGUCUUUCCUCUUCCACAGAUGUUUUCUCUUCUCAGUCUCUGAAUUUUGAUGUUCAUGAUCCAACACAACUUGUCUGAGGCACAACAUCAGUACCACGAAUGCCGGUGCACACUUCAGCUGUCACACCAGGAUACUUUUUCCUCGAUAGGGAGAGGAUCUCAUUUAUCAUCUCCUCCUUACGGACAGAUUUUAUUUUUCCUACUCAGUCUUUGUUAUUUGACAAUGAUCAGACUGUUGCCUUUUCUGCUAUCACAGUGAGUUGGGUAAUUAGUGGCUUUCCAGGGGCUGAUACUGAGUUAAACGGGCACUCAUCCCUCUCCCCUGGAUUCCCGACCACAACCGCCCCCACAUGCAUACCUCCAAUUGCCUCUAGGGGGGCUCAAGAGGAUACUGAAGAAUAUUCAGCUGUUUCCUUAAUUUCAAGAAGAGAGUACUGGAGAUCGCUAAGCUCCUCGAUGUCUCCCAUUUCUCCUGCUAAGAUAAUUAUAUUUAAACAGGUAGCCGUCUUAAACUCAUCAACUCUGCACAGGUUCACUGCACAAACCUCCAUUCCCAGUGAAUAUCAGAUUAUUACUGAAGCAUUUAGCAACCAGAGACUCACAAACACCAAAUCACAAACUGCUGAUUCCUUAAGUGAAUUAAGCCAAACAUGUGCAACAUGUUCUAUGACUGAAAUAAAAUCCUCUCAUAAAUUCUCAGAUCAAGUUUUGCAUAGCAAACAGUCCCAUUUUUAUGAGACAUUCGGGAUGAACUCAGCGAUAUUAGCCAGCUGGUAUGCACUAAUGGGAACUCAAACUAUCACUUCUGGGCAUUCGUUUUCUUCUGCUACUGAAAUAACACCAUUAGUGGCAUUCACAGAAUUGCCAUCUUUAUUUCUGUCUAAAAAGAGUACAAAAGGCAUAAUUUUAUCCUCAUCCUUGGAGGAAGCCAUUACCCUAUCAAGUAAUUUGGAUGUUGAUUUAUGUUUGGAUAAGACUGGUUUAUCCAUUGUCCCUUCACAAACUGUGUUUUUAGAUCUGAAGAAUCCUGAUUUGACUUCAAAACUGACUACUGAUGAUCUGCUGCUAUCAAGAAACAUUUUUAAAAUAUUGAAAGUGGGAAAAUAUGGUAUAACUAUGGGUCCCACUGAGGUGCUGAAUCAAGAUGAUUUAUCAGGCAUGAAAGAGAGUAAAUGAUCUCAAAAACAGUUCAAACUUCUCACAAGUGAUAGUUCUCUGGAUUUUGAAUUAAAUUUACAGAGUCACCCAGCAACUGUACAUUCAAAUGACCUCAGAAACAACCCUCCAUCUUACAUGGCCUCGAUGUCCGAUAUUUUAGAAGCAACCUCUAACAUUGCAUUAUAUACCAUUUCACCAGCUCAGUCACUUCCAAUGCAGACUUCUUUCCCCAUGUCUGUAUUUAUGCCAGAUUGGCCAUAUUAUACAGAUCAUCUGACUUUAACAUCUGAUUUAAGAGAAGAGUUCAGAACUUCUUCAGAAUGGCCCCUGAGGGAACGCCAGCCCGGUGUGCACGACUGGGAAUCUGCUGCUGUAGGCCAGAGGCUUCCCAUCACUAGAUCUCUUACUUUGUCUUCACUGGAGUAUCUAGUACCUCGCCAGCUGAUGGUAUCUGAUUUCAGUUGUGUUUGUUAUUAUGGAAAUUCCUAUCUAGAAUUUCAGAAUAUAUUUUUAAGUUCACAAAAUAACAUCUCCCUAGAAUUUCAGACCUUCAACUCCUAUGGACUCCUGCUCUAUAUCAAGCAAGACUCAAAUUUAGUAGAUGGAUUUUUUAUCCAAUUAUUUAUUGAAAAUGGUACUUUACAAUACCACUUUUCCUGUACGGGUGAAGCAGCAUUGAAAAUUAUUAACACUACUCUUAAAGUGGAUCAUGGACAAAAGUAUUCACUGCUUAUCAGGCAAGAAUUGGACCCAUGUAAAGCUGAACUGACUAUUCUAGGGAGGACUAUCAAAGCAAGCGAAUCUCUCAAUCAUGUGUCUAGAAAACCACUGCCAGAAUCCGGUUCUGUCUUUGUUGGCGGCUUUCCAGGUCUUCAUGGCGCAAACCAGGAUCCUCUUCCCAUUGAGAAUUUUACUGGCUGCAUAAAAGGUGUAGAAGUCAAUAACUGGGGAUCUUUCAUACCAUCCAAGUCAGCAAAAAAAAUUCACACUGAUAAUUGCAGAUCCCAGGAUUCUACUCUGGCUGCAACGUCCUCCUUUGUUUCUCCUUCUGCUGGGACAGGAGGGGUGGACUCCACGUGGACUCCCUGCAGCCCCGCUCCUGCAGCGCCAUCUGUGUGCCAGGAGGACGUGUGCCACAACGGAGGCACUUGCCAUCCCGUCUUCCUCUCAAGUGGUGUGUUUUCAUUCCAGUGUGACCGUCCGCUGCAUUUCACUGGCCAUUUCUGUGAACAAGAUGCAGAUUUAGUUUUUCCAUCUUUCAAUGGGAAUUCCUAUUUAGAGCUGCCUUUUUUUUACAACCCUAAAUGAUUGAAGUUUUUGCUGGAGAAGGAACAUAAAAGAACUGUUGCCAUCUACUUGACUAGAAAGAUAAAUGCUUUGAAUGGAACCAUUCGAUUUCUUCAUUUAUUUCUUGUGGAAGGAAGGGCCACAGUUAAAUAUGGAUGUGGAAGUUCCCCAAAUAGCUUGAUUCUUUCUGCUAAUUAUAGCAUUAACACAAAUGCAUUUGUCCCUAUCACCAUACACUUCACGAUGCCUGCUGGCAGCCCUGGGGUUGCUCGUAUGAUUGAAAUGACUGCAGAUGGAAAGCCUCCAAUACAGAAGAAAGACUCCAAAAUAGCCCAUGCCGCUCAGGUACAUUUUGAAUCAAUGUUCCUUGGCCAUGUUCCUGAAAACAUUAAGAUCUGUAAGAAAGCGGGCCAUGUGUAUGGGUUCAAGGGCUGCAUAGAGCUUCAAGUAAACCACAAAGAAUACUUUAUCGUUCAGGAAGCACUUCAUGGAAGGAACAUUGAGAACUGCCAUGUCCCUUGGUGUGCUCAUCAUCGAUGCCACAACAAUGGCACCUGCAUUAGUGACAGUGAAAACUGGUUUUGUGCAUGUCCAAGGCCGUACUCAGGCAGGCUGUGCCAGUUUGCAACUUGUGAAAAUGACGCAUGUAGAGAUGGUGCCACGUGUGUUCCUAAAUCCGGGACAGACAUUGUCUGCCUCUGCCCGUAUGGGAGGCUUGGACUCCUCUGCACUGACGCUAUUAAUAUUACUCAGCCCAGGUUCAAUGGCAUGGAUGUAUUUGGAGACACUUCAUUCCUGGCUUAUUCAUGGAUCCCAGAUAUCAGCUUCGAUUAUUAAUUCCACUUGAAUUUUCAGCUAGCAAAUAACCCCUCGACACGGCAAAAUAACUUAAUACUUUUCACUGGGCAGAAGGGGCAUGGGCUGGAUGGCGGUGAUUUCCUGGCAGUGGGCUCGCGUAACGGCAGUGCGGUGCACAGUUAGAACCUGGGAUCCGGCCUAUCAAGCAUCAGCAGCGAUCCUCUUGAUCUGAGCCUUGGGAUUCACACGGUCCAUCUAGGGAGGUUCUUCCAAAUGGGUUGGCUGAAGGUUGAUGAUCAGAAACAUAAAUCCAUUACCUCCCCUGGAAAACUGGUCAGUCUCAAUGUCUUCAGCCAGUUUUAUGUGAGUGGCUACGGGGAAUACACCCUGGAUCUCUUGCCAAAUGGAGCUGAUUUUUAAAAUGGCUUUCAAGGUUGCAUUUUCACUAUUCAAAUUCGCCCUAGGAAGGAUGGCCAUUUCAGAAGGCUGGGAAAUGCUGAGGCCCCAAAUGCUGGGCACAGCGUUGGCCAGUGUGAUGCUUCUCCUUGUAGUUUAAUGAUCUGUGACAAUGGUGGGACAUGCAGAGACAGUGGAUCUACUGUUUACUGUAGCUGUCCCACUGGGUGGAAAGGAGCUUUCUGCACUGAGACAGUUUCCAGCUGUGACCCUGAACAUGACCCUCCACACCAGUACAGCAAAGGAGCAACUUAUGUCUCACUGCCUCAUGGAUACACCUAUUACUCUCCUCUAGGAACCACUGGAGUCUACUGUGAACAGAUGAGGCAGAACUUCAACUAAUGCUGUUUAUCUAUAAGUGAUCCAUCUUUCAGGAGCCAUGAAUUAUUGUGGAUGUCUUCUGCUUCCUUUCGUAUUUGAAAAAAGACACAUAUACUAUUGCAGUUCUGGCCUUUUUCUACAGAUGGCAUCCUGUUUUAUGUUGCACAGCACUUACAAGCACAAUCAGGUGAUUUUUUAUGAACCUCUUUAGUAAAUGGUUCUGUUCAACUUCGCUACAACCUUGGUAACAGAACUAUCAUUCUAGAAACUCUAAAAAUAACUAUUACUGCAAGCACUUGGCAUGUAAUUAGAGCCGGAAGACUUGGUGCAGAAGGCUACCUGGAUCUGGAUGGGAUGAACGUAACAGAAAAAGGCAACAUUAAAAUGAGCUACCUGGACACACAUACUGACUUCUACGUUGGAGGUGUGUCAUCCUUUCUUGUAAAUCCCAUGGCAACAGCAAAUGAAGCUGUAGGUUUUCAAGGUUGUGUCUGAGAAGUUAUUAUAAAUAAUGAAGAAUUACAAUUAACUGAAUUGGAAGCAAAAGAUGGUUCCAAUGUAGGUGAUUGUGAUGGGACAGCCUGUGGGUACGCGUGCAGAAGUAGGGGGAAUAGCACCCCUUUUUUUUGCAGGUGUUUGCCACAGUGGACUGGAAAUACAUGUGACCAGUCUGUGUGCGGUUUGAAUCUUUGUCUCCACCAAUCUAUAUGUACACCUGACCAGUCAUUCUCUUACAGUUGGUCCUUGGGUUGAAUGGGAAGGUACUGUGAGAAAACUUCAUUUUCAACUGUAAAAUUUAUGAGUAAUUCUUACAUUAAAUACAUUGAUCCACACUAUAGAAUAAGAAACCUUCAGUUCACUAUUGUAUCCUUAAAUUUCAGUACUACUGAAAGAGAAGGCUUAAUUGUAUGGAUAGGAAAGGCUCAAGAAAAUGAUUUCCUGGUAACUGGUCUCCAUAAUUGGGCCUUGAAAAUAGCAGUUAACUUAGGAGAAAGUAUCUCUGUACCUAUGAUUUAUAGCCAUGUUACAUUCUGCUGUAAUGCAUGGCAUAUAAUUCAAAUCACUCUUAUUAAGGCCUACCUAGAUGGCAAUCUAAUCCUCUCUGAGGAUAUUGAUCCCCCAAAAUUUGUUUCUCUAAACUAUGGUGGUAUUACUUAUCUAGGGGGCUUUGGAUAUGGCCAAAAGGUAAACACUGUUACUCAAGAGAUUUUCUUAAAAGGUUUUGUUGGUAAAAUUAAAGAUGUAUUUUUUCAGGAUUCAAACAAAAUUGAGUUAAUUGAAUCAGAAGGAUACAAUGUUUAUAAUGGAGAUGGAGAAAAUUAGAGCAAGGUUUCCCAAAGUGUAGUAGUCCUAGGAUCUUUACAGGGGAUAAAAAGUACUUCUUUUCCUAACAAAUCCAUGAAUGCCAGAUUUUCUUCCUCUGUUUCAAACAAAAUGACCAAAACACUGCAUGAAGAAGCAAAUAAGAGAACCCAGCUAUCUUAA